AUGUCUAUUAACGCACCACAGCGGGAUGAGGACGCCAAGGCUGCCAUGGAGCAUGGCAAGGGCACAAUGACCCUCACACCACAGCGGGAUGAGGACGCGAAGGCUGCCAUGGAGCAUGGCAAGGGCACUAUGAUUCUUGGUCGUGCCUGCCGGACCGAAAUGGUCAAGGUUAAUCGAAUUUUCGUGACCUACAAGGUCACCAAUGAUGACAUCACUGCCGAGGAGGGGCGGUUGGCCAUGUGUACUUCACUUGUACCAACUUAUGUACCUGAUAUCUUUGAUGAGAAUGAUCCAUGCUAA